UUCCCAAAGUCAAAAAAUGCCAUUUCUCGGACAGGACUGGCGGUCACCUGGUCAAAACUGGGUUAAAACUGAGGAUGGUUGGAAAAAAACAACAAAAGACGAAACGAAUAACAAUGUCACGGACUUGAAGAGCUACAGCAAAGAGGAGGAAUAUUACAAGGAGAACCUGAUUCUUUCCAUCAGUUGUGAUGUAGCUGCAAAGAAGCGAAAGAAAGAUCUGCUGAACAACAGCACAAAGAUUCCUUAUUUCCACAGAGACAAAUGGAUUUAUGUACACAAGGGGAGCACCAAAGAGCGACAUGGAUACUGUACUUUGGGAGAAGCGUUUAACCGCUUGGACUUCUGCAGUGCCAUAAAGGACACCAGACGUUUCAAUUAUGUAGUGAGGCUCCUGGAACUGAUUGCCAAGUCUCAACUGCCGUCUCUGAGUGGAGUGGCGCAGAAAAAUUACAUGAACAUUUUGGAAAGAGUAGUGCAGAAAGUUCUAGAGGACCAGCAGAAUGUGAGGCCCAUUAAGGAACUGCUGCAGACUUUGUAUGUGUCCUUGUGCAGUUUGGUUCAGGACAUGGGCAAGUCUGUGCUUGUGGGAAAUAUUAACAUCUGGGUGCACCGCAUGGAAAACAUCCUGCAGUGGCAGCAGCAGCUGGACAACAUUCAGAUUAACCGGCCAACAACGACAGGGAUGACGUUCUUGGACCUGCCGGCAAGCCUGCAGCUGAACAUCAUGCAGCGUCUGUCAGACGGGCGAGACUUGGUCAGCCUUGGUCAAGUGUGCCCCGACCUCAGUGUGCUGGCUGAAGAUCGCCUACUGUGGAAGAAUCUCUGCCAGUAUCACUUCACAGACCGACAGAUCCGGAAGCGCCUUAUUGUCUCGGAUAAAGGUCACCUGGAGUGGAAGAAGAUGUAUUUUAAAUUGUGCCGGUGCCAUCCUCAUAAGGAACAGUAUGCAGACACACUCCAGUUCUGCACGCAUUGCCACAUUCUGUUUUGGAAGGACACUAACCACCCUUGCACAGCCAAUAAUGCAGAGAGCUGCUGUGUGCCAGUGUCCCCACAAGGCUUCAUCAACCUUUUCAAGUUCUGA